AUGCAUUUCAAAGCCGGCCUUCUUUUGCCGCUGUUGGCAGAUGCUGUCCUGGCGCGCAGUCUCUCAGGGGAUUAUCAAAAGCCCAAUAUCAACCGAGCCGCUUCGUAUGCUGUGAAGGAACCACCGUUGACAACGGACUGGAACUUCAAGGUUGGCACAAACCCUUGGCCCGAAUAUCCUCGACCUCAGCUUGAGCGCGCUGAAUGGCAAAACCUGAAUGGAAUCUGGAAAUAUCAAGAUGCUGCCAGCUUAAAUUCCCUCAAUAGCCCUCCAUUUGGUCAAGAGUUGGCUCAGGAAGUCUUAAUCCCUUCUUGCCUCGAGAGUGCCUUUGCGGAAUCCUAG